UCGAGGUUGUCGAGGCUACGCUACGUAUGACGCAUGUCGAAGAAAAUCAACUUGAAGAGGUAUGGUGUGAAAACAAUGAGUUCAUUUUUCAUAGUAAGUUCCCUUUACAUCGAGCAUGUAGGGACGGUGACGUUCAAGCGCUUUCCUUCCUGUUGAAAUCCGGGAGCCAUUCACUCCUUGAGGAGGAUACUUUCUAUGGGUGGACGCCAAGUCAUUGGGCAGCAUAUUUUGGAAAGUUUGACUGUCUGCAGAAAGUGAUUUCUGGUGAUCCAAGCACUGUUUACAUAGACAUCAAAUCAUCCAAGUUUUUACAAACUCCAACACAUAUUGCAUCUUUUGCUGAUCAUUCACGUUGUCUUCUGUGGCUUCUUCAGGUUGGAGCAAACGUUAAUUCCCAGGAUUAUCUAGGUGAAACACCAUUGCAUAAGGCUGCAAGAACUGGAAGUAUGGAGUGUGUUACACUUUUGUCAGCAAUGGGUGCAGAUGUAAGGAUUACCAACAACAAUGGUCAAACUCCAACCAGUCUAGCAACAAUGUGUGGACACCAUGCUGUGGCCUCAUUUUUAGGCGAAACUGAGCCCCGUAUGGCUCAGAAUAGUAUGGGUGUGAAUGGCAAUUCUGAUAUGUUCCCGGAAAGAAAUCUUACAAAUGGAAUUUACCAGAAUGGGUUUCACCUAAACGGUUCAGCUGGAAUGAAUGGAAUUUUUAAAGACUCUAGGCAGGAUAUGAUGGAGACUGGAAAUAGUGAUGGCAACCUUUCCCACAGUGUGACAAUGAAUCAUUUGCCCAUCUUAGGCAGAAAACGAUCCUUUGAAGGUUUGGAAGAAGCUGAAUCAAAGCGUAUGAGAACAGAAGGACCCUUUGUGAUUCGUGGAUUAAUGCAAUAUCCUCUAGAGAAUGCUGCUGCUACUAGAGGAGUAACGUUUUUUGGGAACCCGAACUCUAUCAACAACAACAAUUGCCAAAUUCUUCCUUGUAAUGUUAGCAUUGUGAAUGCACCCAAUUCAAGUGUUUUGGAACAUCUGUCUCUGCGUCAGCAUGAGCAAGGCUAUAAUCAUAUCUUUAUGGAAAGCAUGAUCUCUCAGAUCCACGGAUGCUGAACUCUGGAGAAAUGUGAUUUGUAGAAACAACGUCAAAAUGUAAAUGAUAAAAACUAAAUAUGUAGACUGAGAUUCGUGUGUUACUAGUAACGAAUUAACAUGCUAGCGAAAAAAGAAAAAGAAAAAAGUUGCUUAUUGGGUUAUUAGUAUAGCGAGACCUAUAACUUUGUCUUUGACGUUGUAUUUAAGCAUCAACUACGUAAUACAAGUUGUACCAAUCGUUUAGUCAAAGUUGUAAAAUGAAAACAAAUUUCUUUAAAAAAGUUUGACGUCAUUCCUGAGUACGUAAAAUUUCGAUUUUAUUAUUCAAAUACAAAACCUUUGCUAACACAUAGGAAAUAUAAAAUAAAUGUGUUCUACAAUGUAUUGUCCGAUGUCUGUUUGUUCGUCAUCUAAAAUUACUCGAAAUGCUGUUUUCACAUAUUUCUUUGAACAUUAUAUUUUGUUUCAAAUAUUGAUAUAUAACACUUAAACAUUUUUAAUGCAAUUGUAGAUAUCUAAAGAAAAGAAAAUGUGUAAUGUGAAGUUUCGAAACUAAAUCAGUUUAAGAAUUAAGGGAUAUAGUGAUAUAUAUAUACAUGUUGUAUACGUAAUUGAUCAAUAUCAAAAGAAAGAAAAGUAAUUUGUGACACUAAAAACGUAUGUAAACUGCGUAAUUUCCUUAUGAAAUUUUUAAUGAACGAGUUAUCAAAUGAAAUAAAAAAUCUCUGUAGAGGCAUUUGGUUUAAGAUAUAUCUUGUUCUCUUUAUAAUUGUACCAGUAUUCAAGCAAUUUUCGUGUAAGUGAGCUGAAGCGUGAGGAGUUUUCUUGUUUAAUUCUGUUAUUUUUCAGUAUUUUUUCAUAAAGAAUUUUUUGUACAGUAUUAUAAUUUGAUCCUUUUGUCUUUAAAAUGUUCGGGUUCUUGUUGCAAAACAAAUGUCGCUUGGUCGCAAACAGAUAUUUCAAGUCUUUAAUUUGUAUUAUUGAAAUAUGUAAAAUGUUAUUCUUACCAGAGUAUUAUAGCACUAAUACAGGAUAUUCUGACAUGAUGUUCAUUAUGACCAGGAUUCACUGUUGAUGUAGUAAAUAUGAAGCAGUGGAGCUUUUAGUUGGUUGUUCAGCUUUGGUUUUAUAUUUCAAAUUAGGAGGGUUUCCUAUUUUCCUUAACGUCCAUUCAUCUGUUGCUGAGCCUAUUAUUUAAAGUAUUCUACGUUUGGCUUUUCGCUACAGUCUUUGUUUAGAUGGUUGAAAAUUCAUGUUGAAGUAAUCAGGAUAAAAAAAUAUUUGAUUAACAAUGCCUUCCCUCUACCAUAUAUCAACAAAAGUAAUUUUGAAUAUAUUUAUAAAGUUUAUAACCCCAAGAUUCCAGACUUCAACGUUCCCAAAUGUUCUUUCAUCUUGGUGUUAACCUUCACUGGUUCUCCUGGCAUCAAAGUAAAAAGUUGUUUAUUUGUUUGUGUUUUGUAGCAAAACCACAUAGGGCUAUCUGUUGUGUCAACUGCGAGGAAUCGAACCCCGGAGUUAAGUGUUGUAAUUCCGUAGACUUACUGCUGUCCCAUCGAGGGACUCAAACUAAAAAGAAAAUCAAGAACAUUCUGCAAUCAACUUAUCCCUAAGUCAGCCUAAUAGUGAUUUUCAAACCGAACAAAUAAAUAUGUAAUUUCUUCCUUUCCAAAGACAAAAUACCUCCUUCAAAAAAGUUACUUGUGGUAUAUCAAUACACAUGCCCUUGCUGUAAGCAUAUCUACAUUGGGUCAACAACGCGAAACCUACCUACCAGAGCUAAGAAGCAUGCGCAAAAUAAACAUUCUAACAACAUUGGAAUUUACAACUAUCUAAACAAAGAUUGUAGCGAAAAGCCAUAUAUCGGAUAUUGUAAAAUAAUAGACUUAGCAACAGGUAAAUUGACAUUAAAGAAAGAGUAAAUCUAAAUCUAAAAAUACUGGUAGGAUUCCCUGUUGCGUGUUUUUUAGGUACUAUCAUGCAAAUAAUUUAUCUAUGGUAAAUAGUAUAAAGAGCAGACAUAUAAGCUUCCCUAAUUUGUCAAUUUUCUUGUUAUUAGCUAUAUUUUAAUGUUAUAAUUUGUUUAUUUGCUAAAGGGAGCCGCGGUUCUUAAUGGCGGCUUUAAGAUCGAUAAGUUUAAUAAGAUAGGCCUAGAACACCGAGAAAGCUCUAAAAGAAUUUGUUCGUUUGUUUGUUUGAAAUUAAGCACAAAGCUACACAAAGGGCUAUCUGUGUUCUGCCUACCACGGGUAUCGAAACCCGGUUUCUAGCGUUUAAGUCCGAAGACAUACCGCUAUGCCACUGGGGUGGGGGAAAAAUAAUUUGACAAAAUCUUUAAGAACUUCCUAGGUGUUGUAGGCCUAUCUUUCUAAACUUUUUAAUCUUAGCGUCAUCAUUUAUGUCAAAAUAUUUUAGAACAUUUUAAGUAUUCUUGGCCUAUCUCAUCAAACUUUUCGAUCUCAACGUCAUCUUUAAUGUCAAAAUCUUUAAAACUUUCUAGGUAUUGUAGACCUACUUUAUUAAACUUUUCGAUAUUAACGUCAUCAUUAUGACCCGUAUUUCCUUCCAGUAAACAAAUAAAUUAUAAUAUUAAAAAUAUAGAUUACGACAUAAGCUUGAAACUGCAAGAUCAAAUACACGCCAAGUGAUUCUUAUGCAGAUUCUAAAACGGUAGGGAAGGGGGUGUGGGUAAUCAUAGUAAAAGUCAUACUCACAGACACAUCCCCGAUAAAAGAAUAGACCAUUCCAGGCUUUUACUUGUUGUUAAACAAGUAUUUAAACAACUAUUCAAAUAGUAAAAUUAUAUACUUAAAAUGCCGUUAUUUCUCCAUUGAAAUGUUCUUGAUGAAGAGUAGAACGACGGCAACAACAACGAACAUUUGACACGUGUGUGUGUACAGUAAGAAACGUUUAAUUCUUGAACGUUUCGGUACAAAACUUAUAAAGUUUAAAAAUAUUAUAAAGAGUAAUUAGAAUACACAAUAAAAGGAUAAAGUAAACUAGAAGACAAACAAAUAAACAAGAAAUAAUAGGAUAAUGCAACAAUUGUAAUAAUAUUAUACAAGUUUUUAUUUUGUUAAAUUUUCAUUAAUUUCAUAACCUUAAAUGGCAUGAACUAUAAUUGUACACUGAACAAUACGAACUAUUCUAGACUAUGUUACUGAGAUCUAUAGAAGGCGACCUGCAGAAUAACUUCCAAUAACCAUACUUUGCAAUCAAGUAAGUUUAAUAAGAAAUUCAACCCACAAUGAGAUGUUACGAAUUUUAUAUUACGUAUUUUUAUUUAUCCGUUUUUCGUUUCGAAGUAAUCAAGUAUAUAUUUCGAUGUUUUUGUCGUAUGUUUGUUCCAGAUCAAUAUAUCCACAUGUUGUAUGUUUAUAUAUAUAUUUUUUAAGUGGUGUUAGUAGUAUUCACUAAUAGUUUAGUUCAGUUUUAACACUCGUACUUAACCAUGAUUCAAAGGCAUGUCUGAUUGUAUAGUUUUAUUGCAUGUAUUGUAGAAUAGUCAAGUUUUAUCCGUGUUUGAUAUUUUUAUUGUAGAUGGAAAUAGCUAAAACUGGUUGAAAUUAUCAGUGUGUUAUUCAAUAUUAUAUAUAUAUAUAUAUAUUUCAUUCUUUAUUAAUGACUGAUAUUUUUACUGAUAGAAAAUAACAAAUGGCGCUGGUCGUCCGUGUAGUGUUUCUAACAUGAAUAUUUCUUUCUGGAUUUUGUGUAGAAAUUACUUCUGACCCACCUGUUUCAGUACAGCGUAAAUACGAUUGUAUGUUAUGAUAAUUACUUCUAGUAAUCCGAAGUUAAAUAAUUCAUAUAUCGAUAGAAAACGUAUAUAAACUUUGCUGUAGGAACGUUAAUUUAUUAUUAUAACACAGAGAAAAGGGCUCUAUAUACAGGGGAAAAAUGGAGACCACUAAGCUUUCACACUAAUAAAUGAUUUAUUCAAGUUUGUCAGUUAAUAUUUAGGUACUCCUAAUAUUAGUUUUCAGUUAACAGGCAUUGUUAGUUUUUACUGCACUACUUUAUACAACCUUUUUUUAUGUAUUAUCAUUUUUCCAGGUAUUUGAUCUCUAACACUGAUGUAUGUUUGUUUACUUGAUGUAGAUUGUUAUUAGAAAGGCAGUUAAGAAAAAUAUGCUGAGUAAGCAGUGGAUUGUUUUACGUUUGUAUCUUAUAUGUUUGUGAAUAAAAGGAGAGUCAAUCGAGCUGUUUAUAA